AUGUAUCCCAACACCAAGAAGUACCAGACUGUCGCCGCCAGGCCGGAAACUCCACCCUCAGGGCCGCCGUCUCCAUCAAGAUCAAGCUUGUCCUCGCUCUCUACCCGGGCGUUACUGGACCUGGGAUAUUGCGAAGACAACAACGAGGCCCCUAGCCCUCCGCAACCACAGCCCCGUGACCGCCGAAGCGUCGACACAAUCAUCGCUCUCCGCUAUUAUGGCCACCAACACCCCCGCCACUCCAAUAGCCCUUCUGUCGCCGAGCUGCCCGCAACGCCGCCGCCCCGGCCCGGCCCAGCACAACCCCCCACCCCGCCUUCCUCAACAACACCGCCUAUGAAAGCGCAAACAUUCCCCCGGCGAAAGCCCGUCGGCAGUGGAAAACCAAUAGUCUACCUCAACCCCGCCGGCGAGCCAUGUAGUAACAACCAAAAACACUAA